AUGCAUAUCAAGACUCUCACUAUCCAAGGUUUUAAGUCCUACAGGGACCAGACCGCCAUAGAGCCAUUCAGCCCGGGGCACAACGUCGUCGUUGGCCGGAAUGGAAGCGGGAAGAGCAACUUCUUUGCCGCUAUCCGCUUUGUUCUGUCCGAUGCAUACACGUCCAUGUCUCGUGAAGAGCGUCAAUCGCUCCUGCACGAAGGACCGUCUAUGCACACCACCCUCUCCGCCUAUGUCGAGAUCGUCUUUGAUAACACCGAUGGACGUUUUCCGACUGGAAAUAAUGAGGUUGUUUUGAGGCGCACAAUUGGUCUGAAGAAGGACGAGUACAGUUUAGAUCGCAAAAGUGCAAGCAAGGCGGAUGUCAUGAACCUUCUCGAGAGCGCUGGGUUCAGCAAGAGCAAUCCUUAUUAUAUUGUUCCUCAAGGCCGUAUCACGUCCCUCACCAACGCAAAAGACUCUGAACGUCUAAAUCUGCUCAAGGAGGUUGCCGGCACCAAGGUCUACGAGCAGCGUCGUACUGAAUCAUUGCGUCUAAUGGAAGAGACCGACACAAAACGAUCAAAGAUAUCUGAACUUCUCGAAUUUAUCGAGCAGCGACUGGCCGAGCUGGAGGAAGAGAAAGAGGAGUUAAAGGAGUUCCAAGCCAAGGAUCGGGAGCGUCGGUGUCUCGAAUACGCUCUCUACAGUCGCGAGUCAGAGGAUGUCAACCAAGCCCUUCAAGAUCUAGAGGACGAGCGGAGAACAGAAGCUGCUGAUGCCAAGGAAAGACGCCAGGAGUACUCCGCACGAGAGCGACAGCUCGAGCAGCUUGAAGCCAAUUUGACCGCCGCUCGGUAUAAGCUUUCUUUGCUCGAAAGUACGAAGGCCUCAUUGCGUGACGAACUGACGGAGUCGGUUCGCAAUCGAACCGAGCUGUCUUGUAUCGUGGAUGAUUUAAAAGCCGCUGGCGAGAGGAGUGAAGAGAGACGGGACGAACUACAGGAAGCCCUGACAGAGAUCGAGGAGAAGAUAACUGAGAAAGAAGCAGAACUAGAGGACUUGCUCCCUCAGUUCCAACAGAUCACCCAGCGGGAGAGGGCGGCGAAGACUGAGCUGGAGGAUGCGUCCGCACGACUGCAAGCACUCUAUAGCAAACAGGGAAGAUUGUCCGCCUACAAGACAAAGGCCGAGCGGGACGCUGCACUUCGCAAGGAGAUUGCUUCUAUCAACGCUUAUCUCGCCAGUCAGACAUCUGCGCUGGAACAAGCGAAUCUCGAUCUGAAUGCUCUGACUGAACAAGCCGAUGGGAAGAAAGAACGGGCAGAAAGGCUUCGAGCGCAGGUUGAUGAGGAACGUGAGACUCAGAAGGGAUGGACGGAGGAGCUCCGUGAGCUUGAGGAGAAGCAGGCACGGUGGCGAGAGGACUUGAAGGAUCUAUGGAAGGAGGAUUCUCGCCUCGGAGUCACUGUUCAGCGUGAGAAAGACGAUUUACAGGUUGCUGAACGCGCGCUUGCGAGUAUGAUGGAUCGCGACACGGCCAAUGGCUUGAAGGCUGUUGAUUCAAUUGCUCAGCGCCUGAAGUUGACCGGUGUCUACGGGCCACUUUAUCGUCUCUUCGAGGUCACAGAUCCCGUGACAUACAACACCGCGGUUGAAGUGACCGCACGAAACAGCUUGUUUCAUGUGGUGGUUGACAACGACGAGACCGCUCGCAAGGUCGUUGAAGUCAUGAACAAAGAGCGCACUGGUCGUCUCACUUUCGUUCCUCUUUCCAAACUCAAGACCAAGCAUAUCAAUUACCCACCGCCCGAUCCCAAUGGCCCGCAGAAGCUUAUCGACAAGCUGAAAUUCGACGCCAACUUGAGUCCCGCCUUCGAGCAAGUCUUUGGGAAGACGCUUGUCUGCAGGAAUCUGGAGUCGGGCUCUGCUUACGUCCGCCAGUAUGACCUGAACGUCAUAACCACGGACGGCGAUCGCAUUGAUCGCAAGGGCGCCCUCACUGGUGGUUAUGUUGAUAUACGCAAGUCUCGACUGGAGGCUAUCAAGACUGUCAAGACCCGGAAAACCAAGUUUGAGCAAGACUCCAAAGCUUUUACUGAAGGAAAGAAGGCUAUCACUGUCCUAGAGCAAAAGAGGACGGAGGUGGCGGGCCAAAUUGAGCUACUCAAACGUCGUCGCGCCAACGCUGGAGGCGCAUGGGGACAGCUUAUGCAAGAGUCCAUUCUUCUGGAGAGGGACGAAGAGGUUCUGCGGGGUCGGAUCAACAAGAUGCAAGGGGAGAUCCGCGAUCUUGAAGCCGACAUUCGUACAAACACCGUUCGGAAGGCAGAAGAUGAACGCGAACUGCGCAGCCCCAUGACUCGCACGCUCAGCGACGAGGAACAACAGGCCGUCGAGACAGUGGGCAAGCAGUGCGAGCGCUUGCAGAAGUCGAUAGGAGAGAUCAGCAAAGACAAGAUGGAUAUCGAAUCCAAAGUCAGUCUGUCCAAGGUUGAAUUGAACGAAGGCCUUCGUCGACGCAGAGAAGACAUCAGGGCUCAGCUGGAAGCUAUCGGCGAUGUCGAUGCGGGCGAUAACGCGGGAGACGACCUUGUGAGUCGAGCCCAUGAGCUAGAGGGGCUAAAUAGAAUGAUCGAGAACCUCACGUUUCAGUCAAAAGCUAAUGAGACCGAGCUCGAGUCCCAACAAAGCAAAAUUCAGACGACAGUCGAUCAGAUUGAGAAGCUUCAGCUGAAGCAGACUGAGGAAGGCCGUGCCCUGUCCAAGCAGCAAAAGGGUACUGAACGCUAUGUUUCAAAGCGCCAGCUACUUGUGCAGCGCAAGGACGAGUGCACGAAGCAGAUCAGAGACUUGGGAGUGCUUCCCGAGGAGGCAUUCGAGAAAUACAUCAACGUCAAGAGCGAGCGACUCGCAAAGCAGCUCAAGACUGUCAAUGAAGGGCUGAAGAAGUUCCAGCACGUCAACAAAAAGGCUUUCGAACAAUACAAUAACUUCACAACGCAGCGCGACAAGCUGAUCCAGCGCCGUGAAGAUCUCGAUAAAUCUGCUGCGUCCAUCGAGGAACUUGUACAAGUUCUGGAUCAGAGGAAGGAGGAAGCUAUCGAACGCACAUUUAAACAGGUCUCGAAGUUCUUCGAAGAGGUCUUUGAGAAGCUUGUACCAGUUGGACGGGGCCGUCUCAUCAUGCAAAAGAGGAUCGACCAGGACGAGGAUGAUCAGGAGGAUGAUGACGAGGGCGCACACCCAAGUGCCAUAGAUAACUAUACUGGCGUUUCGAUCAAGGUGUCCUUCAACUCCAAACAUGAUGAGGGCCUUCGUAUCCAACAACUCUCCGGUGGGCAAAAAUCGCUCGUUGCGCUUGCCACGGUGUUUGCGAUUCAGAAAUGCGACCCUGCCCCUUUCUAUCUGUUCGACGAGAUUGACGCGAAUCUUGAUGCUCAAUAUCGUACCGCCGUCGCAUCUAUGAUUCACGAGCUGUCCGAGUCGGCGCAAUUUAUCACGACGACAUUCCGGCCUGAAAUGCUAGCACAAGCUGACAAGUUCUACGGUGUGGUGUUUGACGCCCAGAAAGUGAGCACUGUGAGAAGCAUCAGCCGUGACGAAGCGCAGAUGUUCGUAGAGCGUGAAGCACAAGCGCAGUGA